CGGUUUAUUUCUGCUUCUAAUCAUUGAGAAAAUGGUGUUCAGAAGAACAACGAAGAGUAGUAAACGCUUCUAUUUGAGGAUGAAGCUCUUAGACCGUCAUGGAAACUUUUGUUACAGAUAUAUCAGAUGGGUUCUUUGCUUAUCUUUAAGCCUCUAUUUCAUCAGCUCUUACCUCAUCAGUAGCUCCACCACACCCACAUCACUGCAUAAAGCCACCGUCUCUACUUUGCGAACCAGCAGCAGCGUUUCCCGAGCACUGUUCGAAACCAACACGACGGAUCUGCAACAACCCAAAAGCCAAAAACCAAUCUUGUCUCGAGGUGUCUUCAACGAUCUAAAGGUAUACAUCUACGAUCUCCCCCCGAAAUACAACAGCGACUGGCUGGCAAACGAGAGGUGCAGUAAGCAUCUGUUCGCUGCAGAAGUCGCUAUACACAAGGCUCUGUUGAGUGGCGAUGUAAGGACGCUCGAUCCAUCGGAAGCCGAUUUCUUCUUUGUCCCAGUUUACGUUUCCUGCAACUUCAGUUCUCAGAAUGGAUUUCCGGCGAUUGGUCAAGCGCGGCCUUUGUUGGCGUCAGCGGUGCGCCUCAUCUCUUCUGAACUGCCGUUCUGGAAUCGAAGUGGUGGGGCUGAUCAUGUUUUCGUUGCUUCCCACGAUUACGGAGCCUGUUUUCAUGCUAUGGAGGACGAAGCGAUCGCAGAUGGGAUUCCGGAAUUCUUGAAGAGAUCGAUUAUAUUGCAGACAUUUGGAGUCAGAUACCGGCAUCCCUGCCAAGCCGUGGAGAAUGUACUGAUUCCGCCUUAUGUGUCGCCGGAGAGCGUACAAUCGACGCUCGAGAGGGCGCCGGAGAGCGGCAAGAGGGACAUUUGGGUCUACUUCAGAGGGAAGAUGGAAGCUCAUCCCAAGAACGCCAGCGGACAUUUUUACAGCAAGAGGGUAAGGACGGUUAUAUGGCAGAAGUACCACCGGAACCGGAAGUUUUACCUGAAACGGCAGAGAUACGACGGAUAUCAAUCAGAGAUCGUGCGGUCGGUGUUUUGCCUCUGCCCGCUAGGGUGGGCCCCGUGGAGUCCCAGACUGGUUGAAUCGGUCGCCCUUGGUUGCAUCCCUGUUAUCAUCGCCGACGGUAUCCAAUUCCCUUUCGCUGACGUAGUCCGGUGGUCGCAGAUCUCGUUGACGGUGGCGGAGAAGGAUGUGGGGAAGAAGUUGGGAAGAAUACUGGAGCAUGUGGUAGCGACCAAUCUCUCUGGCAUCCAGAGGAACCUGUGGGACCCAGAGAUAAGACGGGCCCUACUUUUCAACCAUAAGAUCCAGGUUGGCGAUGCGACGUGGCAGGUUCUAGAUGCCCUAUCUAGGAAGCUAGAUAAGUCCUACAGAAGUUCAAGGUUGCUUGGCCAACGGCGUUUCGACACGUGAGAUUGAGGAUUGGAGUUUGAAUCGAACAGGUGGCAGGU